AUGCUGGCCGACCUGGGCGCUCAGGUCACCAAGGUGGAGCGGCCGCAGCGCCCGGAUCCCUGGAAGCGCACUUGCCCCCAGCUGUACCAAGACCUCACCUGCCGCAAAGAGGUGCAGCAGGUGAACUACACGGGCGUGGGGGGCAGCGACGCCAAAAGCGGCGCGCCGCUGCCGGGCCAGGCGGCGCUGUACCGAACGCUGGCGGAGGCCACGGUGCUGGUGACCAAUCUGCCACUGGCCGCCCUCGAGGCUUGGGGCUUGGAGCCGAAGCGCUUGAGGGAGAUGUUCCCUCACCUGAUCAUCGUGCUGAUCACUACCUGGGGCUGUGACGUGUGGGCGCGGGAGAGAGAGCUGAGCAGCCGCAAAGGCGGCCAGGAGUCCCAUGCCUUCUGGGAGGCCAGCGGCCUGGGCCAGACCUUCGGCGUCCGCAGUGAGCCCCCGGGCCUGGGUGAGCUGAGCCUGGCGCAGCUGGCGCUGGGGGGCCUGGGCGCCGCGCUGCUGCGGCAGCAGCGCACCGGCAAUGGGCAGCUGGUGCAGGUGAGCCGACACCGUGCUGGAGUGUACUGCCAGCGCCUGUCGGCGCUCGAGCCGCCGGAGCCGCUGAGCAGCCCCCUGCUGCAGACGCUGGACGGCCGCUUCCUGCGGCUCCUGGGCCGAGGACAUCAGCCGCACGACGCCUGGGUCCUGCUGCACGCGGUUGGCCGCCGCGAGAAUCUGGCGGACCAGCUGGGAGGGGGCAUCGAGAAGCUCCGGCAGAAGUUGGAGGGUUACAGCUGGGAGGAGAUCCAGAAGCACCAGGACGAGUUGCUGGCCUGCGCCCGUGAGUGGACCUUUGAGGACCUGUCAAAGGCCUUCCAGGACAAAGGCAUCACCUGGUUUGUGGAGGAGAUGAGGCCCACAGACGCCGAGGCGUUGCACAGGCAGCGAGCGGAGCAACUGGAGGCCUUGCGGCAGAAGCAGCAGGACGCCGCGGAGAAGGCCCUGGAGAUGGGCCAGCGCUCGUCGGAGUUUCAGCAGCAGCUCCAGGAAGCCAAGGCCAGUGCCCAGGCGGAGCUGCAUGACAGGCUCGUGGACCAGAAUGAGCAGCAAAAGAAGAUGGAGCUCUUGCGCGAGCAAUUCAACACCGGGGUGCCACCUGUGAUCGGCGUGACGAUAGAUGCGGGAGAAGGUCUGGUGAGCCCGCUGCGAGGCAACAGGAUUUGCCCGUACUGUGUCAUCGAGAUUGAGCACAAGCCAUACUCCCGGCUGGAGACUGCGGCACUGGAGGGAACGUCGCCUGCGUGGGACUACACCGGCAUCCUUCCAAGCUUCGUCUUUGGCGACAUCGUGAAGUUUGCGGUGUACCACAAGGAGCCGCUGGAUGUUUUGUGCUGCUCAUUCCAUUUGUCACGGCGAGCAGCAGAGUAG